AUGCCAUUACCCACAGCGUCCUUCUUGCUAGGACUGGUUGUACUCGGCUACCUUUUCACCUUUGUUGUCUUCGCCGUCCUACGAAUCCUUACUGGAGUGUCUAUACAACGUGUGGGAUACUCUGGUUUUCGACGUGUGUCCUUCAGUCCACGUCCCGGGCUGCGAAUCCAUGUCCGCGGACUCGGAUUGUCAUUGCACAGGCCGACCUUUGCCUUGCCAACAUGGUGUAGUCUGGUCGUGACAGAGCUUGCGGUCACCGUUGAUCUCAAGGCGAUAUCCUCAGGGAAGCCAAGCAAGCCAAGAGACGUCAAGAAGGAGGGUAAUGGCGCACCACGGAAGUCGAAGGCGGAGCAGGAGGCUGAAGAAGGUCAUGGCAAGCUCUGGCGGAAGUUGAUGGACGUGAAGGAAAGGAUCAAGAGACUGCAUAGCAAGAUCAACUACAUCCGACUGGUUGAUCUGGUCGCAAUAGAGACAAGUGUCAACGUGGUUGGAGUCGGAAGCAUUGAGCUUGAGAGAUUGACUCUUUCCGUGGACACGCGGAGCAAGACUGUAGACCGCAGCAGGCUUUUCCAGCAUCACAAGACGAAGCCAGAGAGUCAGGCACCAGCAGAGUGGAAAUGUGUGGUUCGCAGUAUCCUCUUCACGGCAGACGGUCGCGAGUCAAGCGAGUUACUGGACUACUGUGCUCUCAACAUACAUGGCAUGCUGCAUAAUGAGCUGCAGGGACUCCGCGACGCAUCGAUCGCUCUCAAGCUUGGGCGGCUCAAUGUGCCAUAUGAUGACAUCGAACAUGCCAAGAAGUGUGCUGAUUUGCUUCGUGGCAAGUACGCACAGCCGCACGCUGAGCAUGCUAAUGGCGAUCUCGUCCUCACGCACGCUCUCAAAGAGCUCCAGAAGCCUGGCAGUCAUGACGAAGACCUUGUGCGCACCGUCUCGGACUCCCGUGCCUUCGUUGCAUCAAUAUUGCGCGGCAUACAGGAAGUGCAGUUCGCAGUCAGCUUUUUCGGUCUGUCGCAGAAACUUGCUGUCAAAGGCCAUUCGGACAAGGAUGUGUACCUCAAUCUCGCCAUGAAGGAGGUCGGCCUAGAUGUCUUGCGGCUCGAUCCGAAAAGUCCAGCUCAUCGCAUGUACUUCUCCACCAAAGAUGUCGCUCACCAGGGUCUGGUCACUGCAAUAGCUAUCUCCGCUGGCAUCGAUGACGGCCACGAGCAUCCGGAGCGGAUGGUUUAUAUCCCUAUGGUCACAGCCACAGUCAAGACAACUUUGCCCUCUCGGACAAUUCACUACAACAAGGAGAAUAAUGCAAAAGACCGCAACACCAAUAUGCUGUACGCCAACUUCGUCUGUACCUCGCCAUCUGUCGACCUCGAUCCAAAACACUUGCCGCUCGUACGCGACAUAUUGAAACGAAGAACGAGCUCCAAGUCACCUCCUCCGCACGCACGUUCGAACCGCCACAAUCUCGUCUCACAGCUCCUACCCAAGGCCCAUGUCAAGCUUUCUAUACAGGAGCCCGUCAUCCGUGUGUCAUUGCCUCCAAUGGACAAGGCCAAUACCGGUGAAGAGGACUUCGACCUGCUCAUCUCGUCCAUGUCCUCAAUGGCUUUCGAUCUCGAGUCUUCUCAUGCUGCAGAAGAAGGUGUACGCUACAGUUUCGCUACUCAAUACCGGCACACUCGGCAUCAUCUAUACUACCAGACUGUAGCUGGGGAGCGUCACGAUCUCAUGCAGAGUGAUACUGUGGAAGUUCAGGUUGAUGUCAAUGCCAUACCCGAGCCAUCUGUGACUGCCAAUGCUCAAUUUCGCACCCUGUCGUUAUUCCUGGUACGACCCGACAUUUGUGCAGGUGUUCGCCAGAUAGUACGGCAGCUUCGGAAGAACGUACUCGCGCGUCCAGAAUGUGAUCCGAAGAAGACAGCAAGCUUUCUACGUACCCUGCCGCCAUGGUUGGACUCAUGCCGCAUGGAGGGCACCGACUUCAGUCUCGAGCUGGCAGGUGUGGAUGAUCAGGUCUCCAAGGACACUAGAGGCUUCGCAUUGCAGCUCGAGUCAUGGAACACAGACUACAAAGCCCAUAGAGAGAAUAUUGUUGAACCGAUCAAACGUCGGAGAUCCUUUAGCAAAGACACUUCCGACAGGGAUCGUCCAUCCUCCCGACAAGCAUCGCCUCGUAGGAGAUACCAAAGUUUUGCCGAUGGUCGACGGCUCACUGUACAUGUCCAGAACCUGGAGGGUUUAAUUGUGGACUCCGUGGAGGCUGCUGAGCCCGAACAAUUCCUAUCCUUGCCUCGAUUCGAGGUUGCCUUCUCAACCACUACCGACUCGAACGGCCCAAUAUUCCACAUCAACUCACAUGCAAAGAGCUUACUACUGCAGUAUUCUCUGUACCAUCAUUUUGCUAUGGGAGUGGCAGUCAUGGUCAUCAAGAAGACCUUCCUGGAGCACGUCAAGGAAGAUGAAAAGCGACCAGCUCCGGUCAGAAGACAGCCUAGCUUGACAGUACCUGGUAGUCCAUUGUCCGAUUCGGAAGAACUGGACGAGCUUGCCAGGACCGAGCUCACAACGAUUGACUUCAAGGCCAAGCUUGUUCAGAUCAAAGCACGCAUGCCCGCCGAUCCGCCGAUGAUGUUGCAAUUAUGCGGCAUCGAGACCGGAAGGCAUCGGUGGUCGAACCCGUUCAUGCGAUGCCGAAUGGCACGAAUGUAUGCACGCGCACCAAGGACGAAGCAGGUGUGGAGCAGAGUUGUCGGCACGAGGAACUUGCGCGCUGAUCUGCGUGACAUCAAGCGAAAGGCUGGCAGAGACUUCGCGACCGAGAGGUCAUUCGACAUCGUCGCUGAUAACGUUCGGUUCUCUGUACCACACUCACUCAUAGUGCAUAGCAUAUUCGACAAUAUCACAAACAUUAUAAAGACCUCCAAGCAGCUACAACACCAUUUUGUCACUGGCACAAACGAGUAUGUGCUCACGAAAGAACCAGAAAAACCGAAGCACGUGCCUCGGAUCACACUGCGUACGAAGCAGCUACUACUUAAUGUCGAGGACAGUGGCUUCGAGUGGAAGCUAGGUGCGAUAUAUCGCACCGGGCUACAAGAGCAGAAGCAAAGACUCGCUCGCGAGGAAGCAUUCCGACUCAAGGAGAAACGACUCUCGCGGACAGCAGCACGAGGGAGCUCCCGUUUCCGAGCACAGUCUGCUCACCUAGGCAAUCGUUCACGAUCACGAAACCGCACGCCUACGCCCAACACUGGCAAGCAGCGCAGUCACAGCGGUCAGGCCACCUCGCGAGCCACCUCAAAAGAUAGGCAUCGCCACGGCCGACACGCACUGCGCUAUGAUGCAGAUGGAAGGUGUGGCAUAAGCGACUCCUCUCAACUAAGUAUUGAACGCGCACGGGAGAAGUUGCAAUUGCUGAAUUCACAGUCCUGGAAGAACAGAAUAGAUCGUGUUCUGCAAUUCCAGACUCAUGCUAUCAAGGAAAUUCGAGACCUGAUGCUAGGCGCGGAUGAUAUCGAGGAGGAGGCCGAAAAUCAAGAGUCAAUCUUGGCUUUGAACCAGCGGCCGGGUUUGAUGACCGCGAUCAUUAGCGAGCUCAACUUGACGGUCGACAAACCCUCCUUCCCCUUGGAGGACUAUCCGAAAUUUCUUCAUGACAUUGGCAAAGGCAUGCCGUAUGACAUGAUUUAUGGCCUCCUCUUACCAAUGAAUCUACAUCUCACCAUGGGCGAACUUCGAUUUCAGCUCCGAGACUAUCCACUGCCGCUGCUUCACGUCCCUAUGCUCGCGAAUGGCCAAUCGCCACGCCUCCCUACGUUAGCAUUACGCACAGACUUCGUGAUCGCCGAAGAGUUCAGAGACAUCGAGUCGCAGCGAUCUGUCAAGGUUGAAGUAGUUCCUACUAGCAAGAUGAACGCUGGAGCUGAUGCGUACGCUAUCGAUGUACGACGCACCAUUUCCGCGGUGAAGACGUACUCGGACAUGAAAUUUGAGAUACAUACGAGCAACCCGACAAAAAUCACAUGGGGCACUUCAUAUCAGCCGGCAAUUCAAGAUACAAUGCAAGUCAUUGAAGGAUUCACUAAGCCUCCGUAUGACCCUUCCGAUCGCGUCGGCUUCUGGGACAAGAUCAGGCUGAGCUUCCACUCUCGAGUCAAUGUAGCAUGGAAAGGUGAUGGAGACCUGCACCUCAUCCUCAAGGGCACUCGGGAUCCGUACACGGUCACUGGAAACGGUGCUGGGCUGGUCAUGGUCUGGCGGAAUGAUGUACGAUGGAAUGUGGCACAGAACAAAGAUGGUCGAAAGUUCAUGACGGUCGAUAGUGGUGACUACAUUCUCGCGGUACCCGACUUCAAUAGCUAUGCUCGGAGAUCUCAAGAGAAUGGUGCUGAGAUGGACGGUACUUCCUCGACUUCCAGCUACAAGAGAGAUGCUAUCUUCCGUAAGGUGGUCAUGAAACUGUCCGGUAAGGUGCAAUGGCUUGCGGGACUCGUGUUCGAACGAGAUACAACCGACGGUAAGCGUCUGUUUGACUUUAAGCCGCACUACGACGUCGUCCUCAAGCACCCAGAUUUUGCCAAAGCUAGUCCGGGAGAAAACUACGAUGCCUACCGUGGCUUUCGGAGCGAUCACAUCCACAUGUCGAUCGCUGUGAUCGCACCGCAUGGUCGAGACUGGUCGGUCACGAAUUCAACACCGUCGGACAAUUACAAUGCAGUGCACCUUACCCCGAAGUUCUUUUCCCAUUUCUUCAGCUGGUGGAGCAUGUUCUCUGGCAUCAUGUCUCUGCCAGUAAGGCAAGGGCCACUUUGGGGUGCCAUGCAAAAGAAGAGCAAGAAGUUCGGGCGCCACAUUGCAACUAUCAAGUACAAUUUACUUCUAUCGCCACUAUACAUCAGCCAUGUCUACAAGCACAAAGAGGCGGAAGACUACAAAGGCAGUACCGUGUCUGCCACUGGUCUAAAGAUGAAGCUCAAUAGCUUCAUGCUCGACCUGCAUCAGCGCCGAGAGCACUUCGACAUCAAGGACUCAGAAGGCACCAUCACCAAGAAGACAAGUGCGAUGCGCAUCAACCAGGCACAACUUGACUUCAUCCAUGCUGAUCUGCGUGCACUAUCCGCGAGCAUUGCCGGCACGAGUUCAGACGAUAUCGACAAGGCUGAUGAUGACCUGCUAGCAUCGCUGCAGGGCCAAAGUGAUACCGUUGACAUGUCCAAGUUCGACAUACCAGACAAUGACUUCGGCUGGAUCGACAUGGACGACUUUGUCGAGCUUGACUGGAUCCUACCAGCAGAGUCUGACCCUGAAACCAAGAUCCUACCUUUGGGCUUCGCACCACGAUUCACGUACUUCCGCCAGACAGAUCAUGGCGGUACGAUAGCUGGUGAUCCGUCCAGGACUAGUCCCUUUGGAGACGAGCCGACACAUUACUGCAACAUGUCUACAAAGGCCGACCCUCGCCGAGUGCAGGUAGACCUCAUUGAGCAUAGGCUAGACACACUUCGUGAGCAAAGGGAGCACAACGAGCGUGCAAUAGGUGAUCAAGAAUUGAAGCUCGCCCAGACGGGUGCAAGCAACAAGCACACGCUCCAGCAGAUUGAGAAGAAGCUUGGUGUAUUGCGUAGUCACAGUGAGCACAUUCAGAAGAAGCGAGGAUUCCUCGAGAACAUGCUGGCAACACUCAUGCACCGUCUCGAGCACAAUGACCCUGCAGUUGUGCCCGAGCUCGAGACUAGCGAAGCCUUCUUCGACCACCACGAGAAUGCUCCCGAACAGACAGACGAGUACGCAAAGAUGGACACUGCGCCCCUCGCGGACUACAAUAGCGACUUCAACAACCGAUUUGUUGUUCAUAACGCACAGAUCAAAUGGAAUAAUCCCUUGCGUAACAUCAUCUUGCGCUACAUCCAUCAAAACAGUCAGCGCCGAGGGUUCGUAUACUACAUGUCACGACGAGCUAUCAAAUUCAUCUUGGAUGUUCUGGAAGGGCGGGAAAAGUCCGACAAUUCUACGCCUUCUGGGAGAAGACACUCACAGCUUACACAGCUAAGCGCUUUAUCGCCAGGCGUUGAUGACGAGCAGACCGUGGAAGACCGAAUCGAGCAGAUCUUGAAGGAUGGGAGGAAUUUUGUUAAUGCAGAUGAGCCAAUGGUGGAGCAAGAGUUCACGAAGAAUGUCAGAGGCGACGGCCCGAACGACAAUAUCGCCCAAGAAUACACGCGUCUUAACGUCUACCACUUCCGUCUCAUUGCACCACAAGUGCAGCUGCAAAGCGAGAAGAACCCAAAGUCCGUGGUGCUGGUGACCGCGAAGGGCAUGCAGCUGAAGAUUGUACAGAUCAUGGAUAAGGACAAUGUCAAUGACGAUGUAAGCGGACUGGUCCAGCGUCGCUUCACGGCUGCGGCAGAUAAUCUGCAGAUGUUCGUGACGAGCACGAAGACUUUCUCGACCGAGUUCUUCCACAUGUACUCGGCCAAUCUUUAUGGCGCGAAGGCUGGUACGCAAUGGCCACCGUGGGUGCCGAUGGAAAUCAUGUUUGAGUAUGUGACCAAUCCUUAUGGCUUCAACCGGGUCGUUGAGCGUACUUCUGCGAGUCUGCGAUACGACAAGUAUAACAAUCUUCGCCUCAAAUACACUGACGACGUCGCUGGCGAAGACCGCAAGCGAACAAAGACUGAAGAAGACAACGAAGAGCGGAUGGACCAUGUAUGGCUCGUAUUUCCAUAUUUGCGAGCCAUGUGCGACUCGGCGCAAUACUACGCUAUGUACAUUAUCGUGAUGGAUCUGCUGCUCUACAACGAGCCACUGGAGAAGACCCGAAGCGAGCGACUGGAGAAGAUUAUGCUUGCUUCCGACUUCAGCGAUUUGACUGGUGCGCCUCAAAUGGUGCAGAUGCUGCAGGAACGCAUACGACAGCUCGAGGAGAUCAAGAUGCACUUUCAGAUCAACGAAAGAUUCCUUGACCGUCAAGGCUGGAAGGAUCGGAUCUCCAUGGAUCAGGACCUGGCGAGCUGUGAAGACGAGCUCUUCUUUAUGAUGAAGGCUAUCACAACUUCCCAGCAGCGGAUCGAAGAUCGUAGGGAGCAGGAGAAUGCGACCGGUGUUGUGCACCUUAGCAUGUUUUCCAAAGAGAUUGCUUGGCAUCUAACGCGCGAAGGCUCCGAGCCUCUGGUAGAGUUCCAACUCAAGGAUGCUUCAUUCGAACGCACCGACAACAACGACGGGUCCAACUACAAUGUGAUGGAGAUCGGGCGUAUCAACGGCUUCAACCUUUUACCGGACGCCUUGUAUCCCGAAAUCAUCGCUCCUUUCAUCAAUGAUAGUCGAGGUGGCCGUCAGCUUGUUCCAGGCGUAAACAUGCUUCGGAUCCACUGGCUAAUGCUUGAGGCUAUCGCCGGUAUACCGGUCGUUGACUACUUCGAGAUCGACCUUGUGCCACUGAAGAUGCAAGUCGAGCGAGAAGUGGCUAAGAGACUGUUCGAGUACGUCUUCCCAGGUGCUGGAGGAAAUGCAUUCGAGGGCAACAAUGCCUCGCCGUUCAUGGUGAAGAACAUGCUCCCGCCGCAGGAGGAAGAGGAAGAUGAGGGUACUAAGAACGAGAAGGCCAGUGGUACAGCAGGAACUGAGACUCCACGCCUGAGCAAUCAGUCUCGUGAGGCGGAAAGUGCGCAUCCUCACGGCAAUGGUAACCUCAUUGGCUCUUUGGAGCACCGCUUACAGCCUACCCUUCACCUGAACAAGCAACGCAAGCCAAAAGCGGACGGCAAAGGCCUGGGUAUCUCGCAUGCUGGCUUGUCGCACGGCUUUGGGCUUUUCCACCAGAGCGAUCGACCUGGCGCUGCACCUCGAACAAACACAUCUCGGCAAGCUCUAGCAGCUGCCAACUCACCUCGCAUGUCACGAUCGCCAAGCGAGCGCUCGAUUGUGACAAUGGCUAGCAACGCUGGUGAAGGCAACGAAAAGUCCAGUAGCAGAAGGGCGCUGUUGCACCGCACACACAGCGUAGAGCGCAAGAAGAAGGACGAGCGAUCUGACGAUCUGACGCAGAUGAUGAACCGUGCAUCCAACUACAUGACCCUUUCGUUUGUCAAGAUACCGAGUAUGGUCCUCUGCUUGAGCUACAAGGGUUCAGGACGGCACAACAUUGAAGAUGUGCACGACCUUGUCUUCCGCAUGCCCACGCUGGAGUACCGCAACAAGACUUGGUCGAACCUCGACCUCGCCCUGCAGCUGAAGAAAGAUGUUAUAAGGGCAUUGAUCUCACACGCCGGAGCUAUCGUGACUAACAAAUUCAGCCAUCACAGACCAACUCGCCAGCAGCAGAGCAGGCUGCGCGAGCUGGCGAAUAUGAGUACGUUUGUUGCCUCAGCAGGCAACGGUGGCUCGUCAGGUACGUCCGAGACUAAUAGCUUGUUGGACUUGACUGGAGAUACUCCUGGUAGACCUUCGACCGCGAGUGCUAGACCGAGCACGCUCAACAGGACCAUAUCACAAGACUCCACCCCUGGUAGUUCUGCGAACGGAUCUGGAUUUGGUCAUGAUGAGCAGAAGAUGGCGGAAGCGCUGCAGUCCAACGGCGACCAUGAUGGGUCGUACGAGAGGCCGCGUAGCCAGCCUCGACUGCACAUGCCUGGCGACAGCGAGCCUUCAAUAUCCCGCACCAGGGCGGCCUCGUUUAGUCGCCACAUCUCGGGCUUCGGCGAACGAUUACGGCAGAGAGCCACACAGGACUCGACGACGACGUCGGGCGAAGAGAACGAAGAGACGAAUCGGAAGAGUGCAGCUCAAGCACUGUUCCGAGUCUUCAUUCAACCAGCGUUGCAUGUAUCCGCACCGAGGCCAGGCAUACUGCCUCACAACGCGAAUCACACGUCACGACAUACUUCCGUACCGCAUUACCAGCCCACACGAUCUUUCUCACACACCUCGAUCCGCUCCAGCAAGACACGAGAACCGGAGAAGCGCACACAGAAGUGGGACGAAGAGAUUACAGCAAAGAGGAUCCAGCUAGUCAAUCCAGAGACGAACCAGCUCCCUCGGAAUGAAGAGACGGGCGAGCUCAUCGAGAGCGUACAGACUCGUUACGAUGUUUUGCACAGCUACGACAAGAAGACGCAUCGGUUAAUACAAUUAAGUGUCGACGAACCGGACAAUCGCUACUUCAUACCAAUAUGCAAAAUCGUCAGCAAAAAACAAAUAUUCGAUGCAGACAAAAAGCGCAAAGUGCAAGUGAAAGAACGCCAGAAGGAGUCAGCUAAAGCGAGUAGCGUUAAAACACUAGAGCUGAAUUGGGCGAUCGACGGCAACGACCUGGCGCACAGGCUGGAAAAGGUGCAAGAUUUCUUGGGCGAGGGCCGGAGAGUGGAGAUCGUGCUUGCGGCGAAAAAGAGAGGCCGGAAAGCUACGAAGGUGGAGUGUGAAGGGGUUUUGGGGAAGAUACGGGAGACUUUGGGUGCUGUGCCAGGAGCCAAGGAGAUCAAGUCAUUGGAUGGGAAGUUGGGUGGCUUUGCGACGUUGAUAUUGCAGGGCUCGGCGUCGGCGGCAGCGGCACAGGCACAGCCAAGUAAGGAGGCUGGUGGAUGA